UUGGCCAUGUUGGCUCUGGAUUCAGAGGAGAGUGGAUGGACGGAGGAGGACGGUCCAAAAGAAGGACUGGCUCAGUAUAUCGUGGAUUUCCUGAAGCAGAAAGCAGAAAUGCUGGAAGAGUACUUUUCUCUGGAAAUAGAUGGAGAGGGGAACCUGACUGGUCUCCCAAUGCUGCUCGAUAAUUACUCUCCUGCCAUGGAGGGACUUCCCAUGUUCAGUCUGCGUUUAGCCACUGAGGUGAACUGGGAUCGAGAGGAGUGUUUAGAAUGCAGUUGCCAUAGAAUGCAGUCACUUCUAUUCCAUAAGGAAACGAUACACACUGGAGCCGGAUGCAGAAGAGCCGCAGGAUGCAGAGAUGAGCUGGCAGUGGAAGGUGGAGCAUAUGCUUUUCAAAGCCCCCUGCUCGCUCUUCAGUCCUCCAAAACACUUCAGUGA